AUGGAUAGUGGCGGCAGCGAGAGGAGCGCCGAAGGCUACUUUGCCAUUCCGACGGCGGAGCGACGGACGUCGAGGCGUAGAUCGUCGGCGUCCGGCUCGUCGCACUCCGAGGAGGAGGAGUGGACCAUCGUAAAGACGGAUUUCGGAAACGGCGGGCUCAAGAACGCCGUCGAGGCGUCGCCUGACCCCUCGGAGAAGGUUUACGUUGGCACGCUGGGCUUCGGUACCGACGGACUGGACGAGUCGACUAAAGUUGCCAUCGAGGGGAGCUUGCGCGAUAACCAUGAGUGCUUGGUCGCUUACACGAGCGAUGCCGACUUUGACGGUCAUUACAAUCAUUACUGCAAGGAGAUUCUGUGGCCCGUCUUUCAUUACCUGAUUCCGGAUCACCCCAAGAGCAAGGCUUUCUUGGAUCACUCGUGGAAAUACUUUGAGGCCUUGAACCGGUCCAUCGCGGACGUGAUCGUCAAGGACUACAAGAAGGGCGAUACAGUAUGGGUCAACGACUACCAUCUGCUGCUCGUUCCCAAGAUGGUUAGGGAUGCGCUUGGGCCGGAUGCGAAGAUUGGAUUCUUCCUGCACGUCGGCUUCCCUUCGUCGGAGAUCUUCCGCUGUCUUGCGCACCGCGAGAAGCUUCUCGAGGGUAUUCUUGGCGCUACAUUGGUUGGCUUCCAGACCGACGAAUACGCUCGCCAUUUCCUGCAGACUUGCAGUCGUCUCCUCAACGUUGAGGUCAAGAACGACGGUGUUCUUUUGGAUUCUCGGCUCGUGGACGUCAUCAGCCUGCCGAUCGGCAUCGAUCCUGUGCAGCUGGAUGAGAAGAGGAAGGAAUCCGAGGUGGCCGACUGGACAGUGCAGUUGCGCCAGAGAUACGCCGGCAAGAAACUUUUUGUUGCGAGAGAUAAGUUGGAUGGUGUGAGGGGUGUGAAACAGAAGUUAUUAGCGUAUGAACUCUUCUUGAAGAAGAAUCCGGAGUAUGUUGGCAAGGUGGUUCUGAUCCAAGUCGCGUUGACGACGUCUUCGAUAAUCGAGUCUCAAUCCACGGUUUCAGAUAUCGUCACUCGUAUCAAUUGCGCCUACGCGACACUGGAUUACCAACCGGUGGUGUACCUGCACCAGGACAUAACCUACCAUCAGUACAUUGCCCUCCUCCAGAUCGCAGACGCACUGGUGGUCACAAGUCUCCGCGACGGCAUGAACUUGACAAGUCACGAAUUCGUGUACCUGCAGGAUAAGAAUCACGCACCACUGAUCCUGAGCGAGUUUACCGGAAGUGCCUCCGUGUUCAACGGUGCCGAGAUCUCGGUCAACCCGUGGGACCACAGCAUGUGCGCUGCCGCCCUGCUGCAUGCCCUCACCAUGUCGGAAGAGGAGAAGACACAGAGAUGGGAGAGGCUCUACAAGGCGGUGACCGGACAUACAGCUGCUCACUGGUUCACUGAAUUCCUGGGUAAGCUGGAUAAUUCAUGGGAGGAACAGCAACGUCGCGGAAGCGCUCAGAUCCCUAGGCUUUCCACUAAAUUGCUUGCCGACAAAUAUCAGAAGUCCAGGAAGAGGGUGUUCUUCCUGCAAUACGAGGGCACCCUUGUGUCGUGGGGUGGGAAUAGCACCGUGGUUACCAGCCCGCAACGCAUCCUGGAUACCGUCAACGACCUGCUCGAAGAUCCCACGAACGUCGUGUACGUCAUGAGCUCGAGGCCCCCCCAACACCUGGAACAGAUAUUCCUGCGAGUUCCCGGAGUCGGCUUGAUCGCGGAAGGAGGUUGCUUCCUGCGCCCAUUCGGCGACGAUGAGUGGGUCCGCCUCGCCGACGACGAUCUCCCCUGGCGGGACAGCGUGCGUGACAUCCUCGACUACUACAUGGAGCGCACACCCGGCACAUGGGUCGAAGAGCGCAACUGCACAUACAUCUGGCACCACGAGAAAGCCGAGGACUCGCUCAUGGCAUCCCGACAGGCCGGUGACUGCUGCAACCACGUCAACGACUCUUGCGAGAAUUUCUCGGUGCACGCAAUCCCGAUCACCGGCGGUGUUCUCGUCGAGAACAAGCAGUGGAACAAGGCGAAUGCGUGCCGCGAAGUCAUCCAGCUUAUCAAAUCGAGGAAUUGGCAUGUCGACUUCAUCAUGGUCGCUGGAAACGGCCGCGACGAUGAGGAGGUCUAUGAGUGGGCCAAUAAGUUUGCCGAAGACGAGGGGAUCGAGAACGUCACCACCGUCCGUGUGGGCACUGGACAUACCUCGGCGAAUGCUACGACCACGGGUGUUGCCGGUGUGUUAUCGGCACUGCAGAGAAUUGCCACACUCUCCGUCGCCGAGUCCAGAUAA